AUUCCAUUCUUUAUAGUUCUGUGAACUUUUUGGUUUCUUCCACACUCUUUUGGUAUAAUCCUUCUAUUCUUCAGGCCGGGCCUUAUUUUUCACCACUUUACAUCGCGUCGAUCGCUACGAAGUUUACGACACCAUGAAGUACGGAACUGCUUUGGUUGCCCUCGCGGGCUUUGCCUCCGCCCGUGAGGUCAACCUCUACUCGCGCAAGGUCUCGAAGCGUGAGGUUCCCCAGGAGCACUCGCAUGAGGCUACCCUCCGCGCCACCAACGACGCCCUGCAGCUCGACAACCCGCUCGAGAUCCAGGAUACCGUCUUCGCCCUUCUGGGCAACGCGGCCGCUGCCGAGGGCGCCCCCAACGUCGCCAACCUCGACUGCCUGCAGCAGAUCAUUGCCGACCAGGCCUUCACCAACGCCAAGGCGGCUGGUGAUCUCGAAGGCCAGACCCAGGCCAUCCUGUUCCGCGCUCUCGAGCGCAACACGGGAUCGGUUGGCUUGGCCAGUGUGUCCUGCAACGAGACGGCCGUCAACCCCGAGAUUGCUGCCAUCCAACAGCACCAGGACCCCGCCUCGGAGGAGGCCGCCGACAACGCGGCGAUCGAGCUCGAGGUUGCUAGGCAGCUGGCAUCCAUCGGUGCCGACCCCCUGAUUGCGCUCCAGAGCGCCACAUUCCCCCCUGGCGAGCUCGGUGACCCGACCGGCGCAGGCAACACCUGCAACGAUUUGGAAGAUGCCGAUGGCUGCAUUUUCACCCUGGACCUCCUCACCCCGGCGGUCAGUGAGGACGAGAUCAUGGCCGCCGUUGCCGACGUUGAUGCCGGCGCGGGUGCGGAUGCCGGGGCUGGAGCCGGAGAGGAUGCCGGUGCCGAUGAGGGUGCGGAUGAGGGUGCCGAUGAUGCAUGCACCGUCAUUGUAGCCCCGCCUGAGGAUGACGCUGCCGAUGAGACCGGCGCCGAUGCUGGAGCCGAUGCUGGAGUUGACACUGGAGUUGACACUGGAGCUGGCGGCAACGCCACCGGCACCGUGAACGUCCAGACCUUCACCGGCUCGCUCGGCGGCGUCGCACCCGCGGUCGAGAGCUCCGCGGGCUCGGACCGUCCCUUCGCUGUCAACGGCGCGAGCUUCACCACCGCCGGCGCCGCCCUCCAGCGCUCAUGCUCGGUCCAGAAGAACGCGUGCGCCAACGCGGCCAACGCGGGCCAGAUCGAGGGCGGCACGCAGCAGUGCGAGGCGCAAGAGACGGAGUGCCGCGCGGCCAACAGCCUGAAGCGGCUCCGGCGCUCGGUCCUGUCCCGCCGCCAGGCCAACGCCCUCGACUUCGGCGCCUGCGGCAGCCCGGCCAUCCAGUUCGCCGUCGGCCUCGACGGCCGCGAGGAUGCCAGCUUCCAGAACGUCAACAACGCCGACUUCAACCACGGCUCCGCCCAGGCCAUCCGCAUCAUCGCCGACUUCACCUGCUCCCGCCUGCAGAGCUCCUGCCAGGCGUCCGAGGACACCGUCCAGGCCUGUGAGCAGGCGUCGCAGGCUGCCCAGGCCGCUACCGGCCAGGCGGCUGCCGAUGCUUUUAACUCGGCUCUUGGUGUGUCGGCUUAAGAGGUGUGUGCCACUUUGAUAGGGGAGGGAGUGGGGAGUUGGGAGUAUCGGAUGGGAAUGGAUGUGAGAUGAUAUGAGCGAGGGAUUAUUGGAACAUUAGUUCCUCAUUUUUUUUGGAAUGCGAAUGCACGUCUUGUUAGCUAAAUGAAUACAAUACGCUGUCACGAGGAACUCA